AGCCAAUCGGAGCUCGGAGGGCGGGCCCCUGAGAGCGACAACGAUGUUAUCCAAUGGGCCUGGAUCCAGCGCCGCCCCUGGCCAAUGAGCGCGCUAUUCUGCGGCGGUCGGGGGCGCAGAGGCAGCUCUCGGGGCCGUUGUUCAGUGCUUGGACUGAGUGAGGUGGCUCCGAGUCUGUGGCUGUCUCGACAGCUCGACUUUCCUGUACUCCUCCCAGUUUUCAGGAAGAGCUAAAGAUGGCUGAAUUUCUGGAUGACCAGGAUACUCGACUAUGUGACAACUGCAAAAAAGAAAUUCCUGUUUUUAACUUUACCAUCCAUGAGAUCCAUUGUCAAAGGAACAUUGGUAUGUGUCCUAUCUGCAAGGAACCACUUCCCAAAUCUGAUAUGGAGAUUCACAUGGCUACAGAACACUGUCAGGUGACGUGCAAAUGCAAUAAGAAGUUGGAGAAGAGACAAUUAAAGAAACAUGAGGAGACUGAAUGCCCUCUGCGGCUUGCUGUCUGCCAGCACUGUGAUUUGGAACUCUCUGUUCUCAAACUGAAGGAACAUGAAGAUUACUGUGGUGCCCGGACAGAGCUGUGUGGCAACUGUGGACGAAAUGUCCUUGUGAAAGACCUGAAGUCUCACCCUGAAAUUUGUGGGAGAGGGGAGGAGGAAAGGAGAAAUGAAGUUACUGUAUCUCCUAAUGCAUAUGAUGAGUCUUGGGGUCAAGAUGGAAUCUGGAUUGCAUCCCAGCUCCUGAGACAGAUUGAAGCUCUGGACCCACCAAUGAGGCUACCCCGAAGGCCUCUGAGAGCCUUUGAAUCAGACCUUUUCCAGAAUAGGACUGCCAACCAAAGGAAUAUGACAGCCCCCUUUCCAAUUCAGAAUAAUCUAUUUGAAGAACAAGAAAGGCAGGAAAGGAAUAGAAGCCGUCAGCCUCCCAAAGAGGGUGGUGAAGAUAGUGCAAACCUGGACUUCAUGUUGGCCCUAAGUCUGCAAAAUGAGGGCCAGGCCUCCACUGUGGCAGAACAGGACUUCUGGAGGGCCGUUUGUGAGGCAGAUCAGUCGCAUGGUGGGCCCAGUUCUCUGAGUGACAUGAAGGGUGCAGCUGAUGAGACCAUGUUGCCUUGUGAAUUUUGUGAGGAGCUCUACCCAGAGGAUCUGCUGAUUGACCAUCAGACAAGCUGUAACCCUUCGCGUGCCUUACCUUCGCUCAGUACUGGAAGCUCUUCUUCCAGGGGGGUGGAAGAUCCUGAUGUCAUCUUCCAGAACUUUCUGCAGCAGGCUACAAGUAACCAGUUAGACUCUUUGAUGGGUCUGAGCAAUUCACCCCCUGUGGAAGAUAGUGUCAUCAUCCCAUGUGAAUUCUGUGGGGUACAGUUGGAAGAAGAGGUGCUGUUCCAUCACCAGGACCAAUGUGACCAACGCCCAGCCAUGGCAAACAACCAUGUGAUUGAGGGGAUUCCUAAACAGCCAUCCCAGCUUCAAGAGACCUCACCAGAGCUGCCCAGGAGGCGUGUCAGACACCAGGGAGAAUUGUCUUCUGGCUAUAUGGAUGAUAUCAAGCAGGAAAUAGCUAAAGGACCCAUCUACCCUCUGCCCCCCAGCAGACCCAUUAAUAAUAUUACAACUACCUGUAACCGACUAUCAAAAUCAACAUCAGGCCCUACAACUGGGUGCCAGCCCAACCCUCCUCGAGUGCUGAAACUCAACAACUCAGACAGCCAGGACAUCCGAGGGCGAAAUAGAAGCAGCCAGAAUGGGGCCAUGGACACUGAUGCAUGCUCAGUUCGAAAUCUCCACCCAGAAUACCUUGUGUCCUCUUUCCCCGUUGGGCCUUCUGGGAGAUAUGGAGCGAGUGGUAGGAGUGAAGGUGGCAGAAGUUCCCGGGUCACCCCUGCAGCUACCAACUACCGCAACAGAACUGCAAAGGCAAAGCCCCCGAAGCAGCAGGGAGCUGGGGAUGCAGAGGAGGAAGAGGAGGAGGAGUAGUGGUGUCUGCAGAAACCCUCGCCUUGGUUCCUACCUAUGCAUAGCAGCCCUUGCCUUGGUGCAGGCCCUGCCUCUCUGGCUCUUUAGGCAGGGGAAGAUUAUUCUUUUUCUAGGUUAUGGACAUUUUGUGUCUUUUGAGAUUGUGCUGUGGGAGUUUGGGGGUUUGAGGGCGGGUUAGCAUUGAAAUACAGAUAAUGGCCUCUUAGCCCACCAGGACUCCACUUUUUGAAAUACCAUCACCACUGCUUCUUGGUGCUUUGUGGUCCUGGUGGAAGGAGUAGAGGGUUCUGAAAAUCUGGUUCCCAUCAGUGAAAUGAUUUUCUUACCUGUGAGGUCCUAAGUUGGGGGCUUUUGGGCAACUUCUCCCAUGUACUGCCCCUGCUUGCUCCAGACUCUGGGCCUCUGAUGUGUGUAUGGAGCAGCUCUGGUGAAGUGCUCAGGCCAGCUUCUGGAUGUUAGGAACAAGGCCUUUGGAAGAGUUAGCUGGAGGUGUGUGGAGCAGGGGCUACUUCUUUGUCAUUUGGCAUCACUGCCUUCUGCUCCUUGUGGGUAUGGUGACUCCUUUGUCCUCACUGCCCUCUAAUGGGGAGGGCUAAGGGCUUCCUGUUCCCACUAGGGCCACACUGGGCUCUGCCCUGAUGAGGAUUAAAGCCCCAGUCUCACACUUGCUCUGAAAACCAAGUGUCAGAGCCCCUUUCCCUUCUUAUGUUACUAUUAUAAUUAUUAUCAGCUUUCUUGUAAUAGAAAUAAAGUUUGUACUUGGAGCUCA